AUGGCGAUGACAGCGCGGUGGUGCGUGUGGGUGGUGGCGGCCAGCUUGGUCCUCCCGUCAUGGAAUGCCGAUGUCAUGGCGGACGUGGCCGAUCCAGAUGAUGACGUUGCUCUGGUCACACCGCAAGGAACUUACUGCAACUAUCCGCAUCGUUGUGUGGGCUCGCGCUGCCGCUUUGACCGCACGAACCUAAAUGCUUAUUAUCCGCCGCAGUGCACCGAUUGUCGCUGCAUCAAAGUUCCAGAACAUCCCAUCAAGCCGGCCCUCCCAUCUUCCCUCAUCGACAUGCGCGGCGCACCUUAUUGUGACUACUCCACAUCUGAGCGCUAUGUCAAUAAGAACAAGUACACCUUCACCUUUACCGUCUCAACCGGUCACUCAGGGACUGGGUUUUUCGGUCAGAAAGCCAUGUGGGCACACGCGCUGAAUAUGAACAAGAGCGACACCCCAGUCGCCGUUGGCCACGAGUACCAUCCCCGUCGCUAUUUCUUGGCCGGUCUUCAAUACCGCUCGAACAUGUGUGAGGCUGCCUGGACAUUUGCCGUUGAAGAACUAGUCCCCUUUAUUGAGAGCGAGCUCAGGGACAAGAACAGCACGGCAUAUUAUGCCUCGGGACAUGACCUGACCAUGGGCACCAUGCAUGCCCUGUUAACAUACUUGGGCUCAGCCGCCCGAUUGGUCCGCCUACGCCGCUCACGUCGGGCCACAGCUCAAAGCUUUUACAUGUCUGCCCACAAUGGUCCCCAGUCCAAUGCCUGCAUCUUUUGUGUCAAGCCCUACUCUCCGUUAUCGCGAUGCCCCCUCCGUGAUAGGGCCGUCUUUAAGAACCUGACCCCCUUCCAAGCCUAUCUGGCCCUGGUGGAUGAGAAUGAAUGUCAAUGGCAAUCAUACCUUUUUGCUUAUCCCCGCUUGCCCCAUCUCACAAUCAAUUGGUCCGGCAAGCUGACCAGCGACCAUGUUGUGGGCCUGGCCAAGUUUGUCCUCAACAUUGACCCCAAUCCAAGAGAGAAUGAUGUCAAUGCCAGUGCUGUGCAAAUCAACCACCACGCUGGAGUGAAGAAACGCGCGGCCCUGGACCAGAAGCACCUGGAUCUCGAAUACGCGCAGUACACGCGCAUUCUCGGUCUUUCUCCAAAAGACUGCAAUGAAUACACUUGCGUUCCCAUGCUGGACUAG